GCCGGAGAGACGCGUUUCGGGAAGCUUUUUCCAGCGGUCACCGGCAUGGAUGGGUCUGUGUGGAACAGGAGCAACUCGGCUAAGCCGCUCCCUGGAGCCCGGGACAAGAUGAAAGAGAAUUACAAGAAGGUUCCGGAAAGAGUGACACUCAAAAAAGAGAUUGGACUGCUGAGCGCGUGCGCUAUUAUUAUAGGCAACAUUAUCGGCUCCGGAAUCUUCAUCUCGCCCAAGGGGGUCCUGGAGCACUCGGGCUCGGUGGGGCUGGCGCUCAUAGUGUGGGUGCUGGGCGGCGGCGUCUCGGCCCUGGGCUCCCUCUGCUACGCUGAGCUGGGGGUCACCAUUCCCAAGUCCGGCGGCGACUACUCCUACGUGACGGAGAUAUUUGGAGGCCUGACGGGGUUCCUCCUUCUGUGGAGCGCAGUGCUCAUCAUGUAUCCCACCACACUGGCUGUCAUCGCUCUCACCUUCUCCAACUACGUCCUGCAGCCGGCCUUCCCGUACUGCGCGCCGUCAUACGUGGCCACCCGCAUCCUCUCCACCGCCUGCAUCCUGCUCUUGACUUGGGUAAAUUGUUCCAGCGUGCGCUGGGCCACCAGGAUCCAGGACGUGUUCACAGUGGGGAAGCUGCUUGCGCUGGGGCUCAUCAUUGUGGUGGGACUUGUGCAGCUCUGCAAAGGACAUUAUGAGGCCCUACACCCACAAGCAGCUUUUGAAUUCCUACGGCCGGUCUCAGUGGGACAGGUGGCCCUGGCCUUCCUGCAGGCCUCCUUCGCAUUCAGUGGCUGGAACUUUCUUAACUAUGUCACAGAGGAGGUGGUUGAGCCAAGACGGAACGUUCCCCUCGCCAUCUACAUCUCCAUCCCCCUGGUGACGCUCGUGUACACCCUCACUAAUAUUGCCUAUUUCUCCUCGAUGACGCCGGAAGAGCUGCUGGCCUCCAACGCGGUGGCUGUCACAUUCGGGGAGAAGCUACUGGGCAUGUUCUCCUCCAUCAUGCCCAUCUCUGUGGCCUUGUCAACAUUUGGAGGCAUCAAUGGCUACCUCUUCACCUCCUCCAGAUUGUGUUUCUCUGGGGCCAGAGAAGGGCACCUACCCAGCCUACUAGCCAUGAUUCAUUUGAAGCACUGCACCCCCAUUCCAGCCCUUAUGCUUUGUUGCACUGCCACCAUUGUGAUUCUCUGCAUUGGGGAAACGCACAACCUCAUCAACUACGUGUCCUUCAUCAACUACCUGUCAUAUGGGGUCACCAUUGGAGGUCUGCUCUACUACCGCUGGAAGAAGCCUAGUCUGUAUCGACCCAUCAAGGUGAACCUCAUGGUCCCUAUCAGCUACCUGCUCUUCUGGGCCUUCUUGCUUGGCUUCAGCCUGUAUUCAGAACCUGUGGUGUGUGGUGUCGGUUUGGUCAUCAUGCUCACCGGUGUGCCAGUCUACUUCUUGGGUGUGAGCUGGAAGGACAAACCAAAGUGCAUCUAUGACUUCAUUGCAUCCAUCACAUACAUGGGACAGAAGCUGUGCUUUGUCGUCUUCCCCCAGAUCGACCCCCUCGAACAGGCCAACCCGCCCCAAUCCUGAGCUCCACUUCUGGGAGAAUCCUUUACACGUCUUUUCUUCUUUCUUCACUACCUGCUCUCCCCUUGUGGUCUUUUCUGGAAGGAACCGUUGAAUGUUUCUCAUUUUGUAAUGACAUGAUUUUUUAAAUUGUUCUAAUAUUUUGUAAGGGGCUUUACAGGUGGAAAAAAAAUGUUUUCGGCUAAAUCCGGUCAUACGAGUUCUGCAAGUGCAUCUUUGUAUUGUUCAAGAGAUGGGCAGCAACAGCUUCAUGGUUCUUCCAUUUCCAGUUAUGUGGAACAUGGCUGCACCUGAAGUCUACUCAUUACCACAUUGCUAAAGGGAUCAAGGAUGGGUAUUGCUGGAGACAGGCUGUGUCUUUUCUCUCUUUCGUAAAGCAGCAGGGGAUCCAGGUCGAGAGCUGGAGAAAAAAUCCACUUUGCUGCACUUUGUAACAUAAACCAGCUCCAGCACAACUAUCUCUUUAUCCAUGUAAAAGAAGGUUGUCCACCACUUGGUAUUAUAUGGUGGGAGAGCUGCUGGUGUACUGGUCAGCGCUACUACCUUUGGGUCCAAAGUUUGCAGGUCUGAAUUUCACCUCUAGCUGUAGUACCCUGAAGAAAGGUACUUACCCUGAAUUGCUCC